UCUAAGCAUAAGACAUGGGUGUUCCCAAGAGAGUGAUUUAGUGUAAAAGGAAUCCAAAACCUUGAAGAAGGAAAAACUCAAAUCCUAGAUCUGUAAGGUCAAAGAGAGAAGCCUAGAGAGGUUAAAAUGGAGGAAAAGAGUAUAAGAAAAAGAAGAGAUGAUGACCAAUCAGUUGAGAGUAAAGAACCUAAAUCUACAAAUCUACAAAAAGAGGUGGGCCUAAUUAGUGGAAUUUGUAUCAUUAUUGGCACCAUAAUUGGCUCAGGAAUCUUCAUUUCACCCAAAUCUGUACUUAGCAACGUCAAUGCUGUGGGACCUUGUUUGAUCAUUUGGUCGGCCUGUGGGAUUGUUGCUACAUUAGGUGCUCUGUGUUUUGCUGAACUUGGCACAAUGAUCACCAAAUCAGGGGGCGAGUACCCUUAUCUGAUGGAGGCCUUCGGCCCCAUCCCUGCCUACCUCUUCUCUUGGACCAGCUUGAUGGUCAUCAAACCCUCCUCCUUUGCCAUCAUUUGCCUCAGCUUUGCUGAAUACGUGUCGGUCCCCUUCUACAGCAACUGUAAGCCUCCCGUGCUCGUGGUCAAGUGUCUCGCGGCAGCUGCCAUCUUGGUUAUCACAACAGUGAAUGCCAUGAGUGUGAAGCUGGGCAGCUACGUACAGAAUUUUUUCACCGCAGCCAAGCUGGUGAUUGUCGCCAUUAUAAUCAUAAGUGGAAUUGUGCUCCUCGCACAAGGAAAAACAAAAAAUUUUGAAAAUUCCUUUGAUGAUGCCAGUAUCUCUGUGGGUGCCAUCAGUCUGGCAUUUUAUAAUGGACUCUGGGCAUAUGAUGGAUGGAAUCAGCUCAAUUACAUUACAGAAGAACUUAAAAACCCCUACAGAAACUUGCCGCUGGCUAUCAUCAUCGGGAUCCCUCUGGUCACUGUGUGUUACGUGCUGAUGAAUGUCUCAUACUUCACCAUAAUGACAUCUACAGAACUUUUACAGUCCCAGGCUGUGGCUGUGACUUUUGGUGACCGGGUUCUCUAUCCAGCUUCCUGGAUUGUUCCGGUCUUUGUGGCAUUUUCAACGAUUGGCGCUGCUAAUGGCACCUGUUUCACCGCUGGGAGAUUGGUUUACGUGGCAGGACGGGAAGGUCACAUGUUAAAGAUGCUCUCUUACAUCAGCGUUAAGCGUUUAACUCCGGCACCUGCCAUCAUCUUCUACGGCAUCAUUGCCAUUCUGUACAUCAUCCCUGGGGAUAUAAAUACAUUAAUUAACUACUUCAGCUUUGCUUCAUGGUUCUUUUAUGGCCUGACUAUAUUAGGAUUGAUUGUGAUGAGGUUUACAAAGAAAGACCAUAAAAGACCUAUCAAGGUGCCGAUUGUUAUUCCCAUCUUGGUGACCUUCAUUUCAGCCUACCUCGUACUGGCACCAAUCAUCAGUAAGCCGGACUUACCGUAUCUCUAUUGUGUGCUAUUUAUACUGAGCGGACUUCUGUUUUACUUUCUUUUUGUUCACUACAAGUUCGGCUGGGUCCAGAAAAUUUCAAAACCUAUGACCAUGCACUUACAGAUGCUCAUGGAAGUUGUCCCACCAGAAGAAGAUUUCAAUUAACAUUUGAUUUCUAGUGCAUCAAGCCACGUAACAGAUGUAUUUUUGUAUGGAAUAUUUGUGAUUAUGUUGUCUUAACAGGCAUGGGUUUUUUCCCCAAGAGAAUUUCUUUUUUUUUUUUUAAAGAGAUCCACAAUUCUCUCUUGGCCUGGAGUUUACAGCAUAGAGGUAAUUGGGGUCUGCUAAAAUUAGCAGCUACUCUGCCCUAUUGAAAAUUAGGAGAGUGGCAAAGAAAACACCACAGUUGUGGUAGUGACUUAUUUAAGGAAGAGAAUACGUUUAUUUAAAAUGACAGAUGUCAGUAAAAUAUAUUCCUUAAACUCCAAUGCUUUUUGUAUCUUAUUUAACUAAAAUUUAUUUUCUCUGGCAUCUAAAAUUGUGUUUUGCAUAACUGAUCUCAUCUCAGUUGGUGACUACAUCAUUGACAAGCCAGUGCUUUCUAGUCUUACAGAUAACAUCAAUUUGAAAUCUUGUAUCAACUUGGCAGUCUCAAGUCAUUGGCUAUCAGGAGUACCCAAAUGUCCUUUGUUAGCAUUUUAGAACAGAAAGAAAAAAUUCCCAGGAAUAAAAUUUGGCCUUUAUUCCACUCUCCCCCCCACCCCAUGCCCCUUUUUAUAGUUAUAGCAGUGAGGCCAAUUCCUUCAACCAAAGCAGAUCAGCAAUGGCUCCAAACUUACCCUCCCCUCCCUCCAGAGACCCAAGCAGUAAGAAUCAGGUUCUGAGCCCUGUUCUUUAUCCACUUCACUUUGUCAUAGGCAAUGUAAAUAUUGUUAAAAAAAAAAAAAAAGAAAACAGGAGACCUCUUUUGUAAGAAAACAAGUAUAUUUUAUUGAUGACAUAUUUCCAUUUCCCAUUAUAAUCAAGUGAAUAAGAACAUAGGCGACUGACAGAAGAAACCAUAAGACAGAAAUAUGCAUGUUAUUCACAACCCCAAGAAAACAUUUAUAGGAGAACUUAAAAUGUAGAAGAAGCCUUGUUUCCAGUAUAAAAAGUUGCAACAUCAUAUUUUACAAGUCUUAAAUUUGUCAAUACUACAUGUUCAAAUACAAAAAAUGGCACUUGCACGUUUGAUACUUUAAAAAUAAAAUUAUAUAACUUAAAAAAUCU